GGGGCGUGCGCUGCUCCAAAAAAACCAGUGUCAGCCUUCCCGUCUGUGUCGCCGGCAACUUUUGGCAGCAGGCAGCCAGAACCUUUGAGAUCCCCACCACUCGCUGGUCAACUUGCGCCGGCCACUCCUUUCCCUUUUCUUUUGCUUUCUUUCCUUCUACACCACACGCCCGCGCCCAAUUGCCAGCGGCGCUUCCCACUAUCGCAAGUGACCGCUUUUUGGCCAAGGAACAAAACGCGCCAACUUACCCCGUAAUACUGCUGCAGACCGACCUUCAGUUUGCGCGAUCCCAACCACGAAAAUGAGCAACGACUUGCGCAACUUGAUCGAUGGCGAGGCCGAGCUCGAUGACGAGGAUGAUGAUGCCUCCUUUGAUGAGGAGGCCGGCGAGGGCCGUAGGGACAAGCCCUUAAUCGAUGAUUCCAGCGAGGAAGAAGAUGAUGACGAUGAUGAGGAAGAAGCUAGAAGAAUUCGAGAAGGCUUCAUUGUCGAUGAGGACGAGGAGGAAGAAGAGGACGAAGAUGUCGAAGAGCGACGCAACAGAAAGAGGCGUCGGAGAGCCGAAAGAGAAGAAGAGCAACUCGAUGAAGAAGAUCUCGAUCUCAUCGGUGAAGCAAACCCAGACUGGGGACGCAAGGCACAGCCCCAGCAAAACAAGUUCAAGCGGCUGAAGCGCGGCCAUCGCGAUGAAGAUCGUGGCUCCGAACGCCGCGGCCUGGCCGAGAUCUUUUCCGACGAUGACGAAGAAAUGGCCGACGACCGAGCCUAUGGCCGCCAGAGCCACCGCCAAGCCGACGAGUUUGAUGACUUCAUCGAGGAAGACUACCCCGAAGAUGAUGAGGAGCGCAUCCAACGCCAGGAGGAUAUGGAAGUUGCCCGGCCGAGAGAUAAGGGUCUCACCGUCGAUACGACUGGUCUGGAUAAGGAGGCGCUUGACGACAUGGAAGCUAUUUUCGGAAAUGGCGAAGAUUACGACUGGGCUCUGCAGAUGGAGGAAGAAGAAGAGGAGCGCGAACGUGAAGAGCAACAGAUCGAGCUCAAGGAUGUUUUUGAGCCGUCGCAACUCAAGGAGAAGCUCCUUACUGACGAGGACAACGAGAUUCGCGUCAACGACGACCCAGAGCGUUUCCAACUGGAUCGCAAGCCUUUCCAACAUCAGCAAACUUCGGCCGAAGGGUUCAAGGAGGAAGCCAGAUGGAUUACCAACCUCAUCUUGCCACACAAGCGCCUUUCAAGUGAUCUUCACGGACCUUUGACCAAGGCUGUGUGCCAGGUACUCGAGUUCUUCGUCAUCGACGCCUAUGAAGUGCCCUUUGUUUUUCAGCAACGCCGAGACUACCUCAUUCAUGCCAAGAAGUCACGAAACUUGGAUCGUGAUGAUCCGGAUGCUCCCGCAUUCAACAUUGAUGCCGAAAAGUUGCUUAACCAGGAUGAUCUCUGGCGCAUUCUUGAGCUGGAUAUCAAGUUCCGGUCCCUGGUUGAGAAGAGAACAGUGCUCGAGAAAUCAUACAACAGCUUGAAAGAGAAGCUCAACAUCCAGGACGACAUCAUCGAAAGCAUGACUCGUGCGGCCGAAACGACAGAAGAGUUGCAGGAUCUACAGGAUUACUUCAACUUCCGGUACUCUGCCGAAAUCAAGCAGGCUGCUGCCAUGGCCGCUCAGGAGGAGGGUCACCAGACCGAACAGCUCAAGCGUCCGGGCACCAAGACAGCCCUCUUUGAGCGCAUCAGGAAGUCCAAGGCCUACGAGUUCGUGCAGGCACUCGGAAUCUCGCCUGAUCAACUUGCCAGAAACGCGCUACAAGACGGAAGGAGGGUUUCAUCUGAUGACAAUCCCCAGGACCCCAUCUCGCUCGCGGAUAGCUUAGUGGACAACUUUUUCUACACGGCCGAACAGGUUACCAACGCGGCCCGCCAGAUGUACGCAGAAGAGCUCUUCGUCAGCCCCCGGAUGCGCAAAUUCUUCCGUAAAAACUACUACGGCACUGGCAUUGUGAACUGCCGUCGCACAGAAAAAGGUCUCAGGAAGAUCGACGAGUCUCAUCCAUAUUACGAGAUCAAGUAUCUUGUCAACUACAGCAUCAUGGAUUUCGUGGAUCGGCCCGAGGUGUUCUUGAAGAUGAUGAAGGCAGAAGAAGAAGGCCUGGUGGAAAUUCGCGUCGAGCUCAGCAACGAGCGUAGCUUUAGGAAGAAUCUUUACCAAGAUUUCGUAUCCGACAACUUCAGCUCGCUGGCUGAUGCGUGGAAUGGGGAGAGAGAAAAAGUGCUCGACAUGGCCAUUAACCGUCUCCACAAGGUGAUUGAGAAGGGUGUCAAGGAAUCCAUACGGACUGCGUGCCAGGAACGGCUUCUCCAAGCCUGUCGUGAGGAGUAUUCUAAGCGUCUCGAUCAAGCCCCGAUCAAGCCCAAGGGCAUGGUUCUCGGCACAGUACCUCGAGUGCUUGUUCUCACCAACGGCAUGGGCGACCCCGGCCGCGACCCUAUCUACUGGGCGUGUAUGGACGAGCAUGGCAAGGUGAAUGAGUAUGGCACCUUUAGCAACCUGGCUCGGGAUGAGAACCAACGCGAGGAGUUUGCUUCGCUUUGCGUACGGAAGGAGUUUGACAUGGUCGGUAUUUGUGGCUUUUCGGCAGACACACAACGACUCAUCAAAGACGUCGAGGGCCUCAUCAGCGACAAGGGUCUUAUGGGCCCUCCCUACCCUGACCCGAAAACUGAUGAGAGUCGUGUCGAUCUCUUGGACGUUGUUGUCGUCAACGAUGAGGUUGCGCGCCUGUACAAGGACAGCCCUCGGGGCGUCACAGACCACCCCACGUUGAAUCCUCUUACUCGCUACUGUAUCGCUUUGGCUCGGUAUAUGCAAAAUCCGCUGAAGGAAUAUGCCGCUCUUGGCAAGGAUGUGAUCUCGUUGUCGAUCCACCCAUACCAGCAAUAUCUCCCGCAAGACAAGCUCCUCAAGCAGUUGGAGACGGCGAUGGUUGAUAUGGUCAACCUUAUCGGUGUUGAAAUCAACGAAGCUAUGAAGGAUCCAUAUACCGCAAACUUGCUUCCCUAUAUCGCUGGUCUUGGCCCUCGCAAGGCGCAGCUUUUGAUCAAGGGAAUCAAUGCCAACGGCGGUGUCGUUAAUGCUCGUGACGAACUGGUUGGUGAUUUCUCUCGCCACAAGAUCCCAGUGCUGGGCCCAAGAGUGUGGAACAAUGCCGCAAGCUUCCUCUACAUUGAAUACGACUCUACCCAUCCUGACUCGGAUCCACUGGAUAACACACGUAUCCAUCCCGAGGACUACGACCUGGCUCGCAAGGUCGCCGCCGAUGCCUUGGGUCUCGACGAAGAGGAUGUCAAGGCCGAGACGGACCUUAAUGGACCAGCCGCUAUCGUUCGCAAACUCUUCAAUGAUGAUGUUCAAGAAAAGGUGAAUGAGCUGAUCCUCGAGGAGUACGCCGAGCAGUUGGAGCGCGAGUACUCGCAACGGAAGCGCGCCACGCUUGAGGCUAUCAGGGCAGAGCUGCAAGUGCCGUUUGAAGAGCUUCGCAAGAACUUUGUAACUCUUACUGGCGACCAGAUCUUCACCAUGUUCACCGGUGAGACAAGGGAGUCGCUUUGCGAGGGUAUGAUUGUGCCAGUCAAUGUCCGCGUUGUGAAGGACGACUUCGCUAUCGUCAAGCUCGACUGCGGCAUCGAAGGCAGAAUUGAGGCUCAUGAAACCUCGCACCGCCACUCCGUCAAGGAUGUUUUGAGCGUGGGCCAGACGGUUCAAGCCAAGCUCAUCGACGUCAACCGCAAGGACAUGACCUGCAAGCUCACCAUGCGGGAAGAGGAGAUGCGCAGACCUUAUCGCAAGAACUAUGAUCACGGCCGGGAUCAAUGGGAUUAUAGACUGGAAGAUGCCGACCGUGAGGAGCUGCGCGAGAAGGACAGGGUGACGGGACGCACUCAGAGGGUCAUCAAGCACCCGCUUUUCAAGCCUUUCAACAGCACCCAGGCCGAGGAAUAUCUCGGCGGGCAACCCCCCGGAGAGGUUGUCAUUCGGCCAUCGUCCAAGGGUAAUGACCACCUUACCAUCACGUGGAAGGUGGCCGAUGGUGUCCACCAGCAUAUUGACGUGCUGGAGCUUCAAAAGGACAAUGAGUUCUCUGUGGGCAAGGUCCUCAAGGUCGGGAGCAAGUACACAUACACCGAUCUGGACGAGUUGAUUGUCGACCACGUCAAGGCUAUGGCGAAGAAGGUCGAUGAGCUGAUGCAGCAUGAGAAGUUCCAGAAGGGAUCGCGUGCCGAUCUUGAAAAAUGGCUCACAACAUAUAUCGAUGCCAAUCCAACUCGUUCCACCUACGCCUUCUGCAUCGACAAGAAGCACCCGGGCUAUUUCCACCUGUGCUUCAAGGCGUCCAAGAAUUCCAAAGUCAACGGAUGGGUGGUCCGUGUCGUACCCCAUGCUUACGAGCUGAUGAAGAACGCCUACCCGGAUAUGAGAGCUCUCACGAACGGGUUCAAGCUCCGGUAUCAAAGCGAGAUGCUGAAGAUGCAACAGGGUGGCGGUGGAGGAGGGGGCCAGAGACGCUAGUAGUGUCUACGUCGAUGGUUCUGUUUUUGGACGAGUUUGGGGUUGUUAUCAAUUUUAUGUAUUCUCACUUGCCUCUUAUCUUUUCAAGGGGCGAGCAACAAAAGAAAAAUCAUGGAUUUCAGGCUGGUUUUGGUUUGGCAUGCAAGGCGGGCGGUGAAUUGAAGAAAGGGAGUCCUAAGCGAACGAAAAACCAGAAAGUAGAGUUUAGUAGAUAAAUGUUUGACAAGGAAAGGGCGCAUAUAGGGGACAGUGCCAUAAAAUUGUAGUUUAAAAGUGUUGUUAAUGAAAAGCAGUCACCUAAUGCAUAUGUUGUUCGAGGCCUGAAGGGAGAUGGCA